GAGAGCCGCAAAGGUCUGUGGGAGGCAGGAAAAGAGACAGAAUCCAGAGUCUGUGUCAGGCUUAAGAUCGCUAGUGGGACUAGAGAUACAGCUUCCAGGCUAGUCAGGUGCGUGUGUGUGUGUGUGUGUGUGUGUGUGUGUGUGUGUGUGUGUGUGUGUGUGUGUAAGACAGUAUCUGAUUCUGUAACCCUGACUGGUUUGUAAUUUAUAGUAAUCCUGCCUCAGCUUCCCCUCUCAAGUGCUGGGAUUACAGGUGUGAGUCACCACACCUGGCUUUGGGCUGGCUGCGAUGUGCCCCAUCUGCUAAGAGAAGACAAUCGGAUGGACAUUAGGCUCUACCUGAGUUGGGCCUUUGAAAUCUGCAUGGCGCAUUCACACACGGUGGAAAGUGACCUCGGCCUGCCUAGGGGAUCUCAAGGCCACUGAGCAGGGAAGAAGCUUUUGUGGUACAAAAUGGGCAUCAAGACACAUGGCCAGGGCUGGUGGCAACCUCGGGAUCUGGGGGACUUUGGUGCUACUGGGUCUGUCGGGUUGCACGGUGGUCGGGGCGGCUGCCCGAAACCCAGUGAGGAACCUGACAGAGGAAGCUCGGAACUCCAGCUCCGUCACUCUGAGCUGGGAGGCCCCAGAGCCCCCUGGCCCUCAGAACCUGACCGGCUGGGUCCGGUGGCGUGGAGAUGGUGAGAGAAGGGACAUUCAGAACACCACGGACACCCGGGUCGUGGUGGAAGGGCUUGCUCCUGCUUCUUCGCAUGAAUUUUCCGUGUGGGUAGAAAAGGAUGGAAGCAGAAGCUCCACACAAACGGUCAACGCCUCCACAGCUCCAAACCCAGUGAGAAACCUGAGGGUGGAGGCUCAGAACACCAGCUCCAUCACCCUGACUUGGGACGUCCCUGAGGGCUCCUCCUCCUCCCAGGACCUCACCUACUGGGCCCAGUGCGCUGAAGAUGGUGGCCAGAUUGAGACCCGGAACACAGCAGACACCCGAGUCACCGUGGAUGGACUGGAUCCUGCCUCUUCAUAUAACUGUUCUGUGUGGGUGGAAAGAGAUGGAGUCAGCAGCUCCAGGGAGAUUCUCAGUCACUCCACAGCUCCAAACCCAGUGAGAAACCUGAGGGUGGAGGCUCAGAACACCAGCUCCAUCACCCUGACUUGGGACGUCCCUGAGGGCUCCUCCUCCUCCCAGGACCUCACCUACUGGGCCCAGUGCGCUGAAGAUGGUGGCCAGAUUGAGACCCGGAACACAGCAGACACCCGAGUCACCGUGGAUGGACUGGAUCCUGCCUCUUCAUAUAACUGUUCUGUGUGGGUGGAAAGAGAUGGAGUCAUCAGCUCCAGGGAGACUCUCAGUCACUCCACAGCUCCAAACCCAGUGAGAAACCUGAGGGUGGAGGCUCAGAACACCAGCUCCAUCACCCUGACUUGGGACGUCCCUGAGGGCUCCUCCUCCUCCCAGGACCUCACCUACUGGGCCCAGUGCGCUGAAGAUGGUGGCCAGAAUGAGACCCGGAACACAGCAGACACCCGAGUCACCGUGGAUGGACUGGAUCCUGCCUCUUCAUAUAACUGUUCUGUGUGGGUGGAAAGAGAUGGAGUCAUCAGCUCCAGGGAGACUCUCAGUCACUCCACAGCUCCAAACCCAGUGAGAAACCUGAGGGUGGAGGCUCAGAACACCAGCUCCAUCACCCUGACUUGGGACGUCCCUGAGGGCUCCUCCUCCUCCCAGGACCUCACCUACUGGGCCCAGUGCGCUGAAGAUGGUGGCCAGAAUGAGACCCGGAACACAGCAGACACCCGAGUCACCGUGGAUGGACUGGAUCCUGCCUCUUCAUAUAACUGUUCUGUGUGGGUGGAAAGAGAUGGAGUCAUCAGCUCCAGGGAGACUCUCAGUCACUCCACAGCUCCAAACCCAGUGAGAAACCUGAGGGUGGAGGCUCAGAACACCAGCUCCAUCACCCUGACUUGGGACGUCCCUGAGGGCUCCUCCUCCUCCCAGGACCUCACCUACUGGGCCCAGUGCGCUGAAGAUGGUGGCCAGAAUGAGACCCGGAACACAGCAGACACCCGAGUCACCGUGGAUGGACUGGAUCCUGCCUCUUCAUAUAACUGUUCUGUGUGGGUGGAAAGAGAUGGAGUCAUCAGCUCCAGGGAGACUCUCAGUCACUCCACAGCUCCAAACCCAGUGAGAAACCUGAGGGUGGAGGCUCAGAACACCAGCUCCAUCACCCUGACUUGGGACGUCCCUGAGGGCUCCUCCUCCUCCCAGGACCUCACCUACUGGGCCCAGUGCGCUGAAGAUGGUGGCCAGAAUGAGACCCGGAACACAGCAGACACCCGAGUCACCGUGGAUGGACUGGAUCCUGCCUCUUCAUAUAACUGUUCUGUGUGGGUGGAAAGAGAUGGAGUCAUCAGCUCCAGGGAGACUCUCAGUCACUCCACAGCUCCAAACCCAGUGAGAAACCUGAGGGUGGAGGCUCAGAACACCAGCUCCAUCACCCUGACUUGGGACGUCCCUGAGGGCUCCUCCUCCUCCCAGGACCUCACCUACUGGGCCCAGUGCGCUGAAGAUGGUGGCCAGAUUGAGACCCGGAACACAGCAGACACCCGAGUCACCGUGGAUGGACUGGAUCCUGCCUCUUCAUAUAACUGUUCUGUGUGGGUGGAAAGAGAUGGAGUCAUCAGCUCCAGGGAGACUCUCAGUCACUCCACAGCUCCUAACCCAGUAAUAAACAUGUUUUGCGUGAGUCAGAGUAAUAAUUCCAUCGCUUGGAGCUGGGAGGCCCCCCAGGACCCAGACCUUCAGGGUUACACCUAUAGGGUGCAGUGUACUGGAGAGCGAGACAAGAACGAGACCCGGAGCAUUACGAACACCAGCAUCACAUUUGACGAACUUGAGGCUGGGACCUUGUACAACUUCUCUGUGUGGGCCCAAAAGAAUGGAAUCUCAAGCUCUCCGGAGACCCUGUCCAACGCCACAGCUCCCAAUGAGGUGACAGAUCUACAGAAUAAAAGCCACACCAACAGCUCAGUGACCUUGAUAUGGAGUGCUCCCGAGGACCGCUAUUCUCACAGCUACACCUACUGGGUUCAGUGGGCCAGUGAGAAAGAAGAGCCCCAGGGAAAGAAAGAUACCUCAGGAUAUGGAGCCAGUUUCAAGGACAGUACCAAUGAGUCUUCUUAUGAGGCCAAGGGUCUCAGGCCUGGCACUUUGUACAACUUCAGCGUGUGGGCGGAGAGGAGCCAUGUGUCCAGCUCCAUACAGCACCUCCAGGCACCCACAGCCCCAGAUCCUGUCAACAGCAUCUCCUGUGUCAGCACCUCUGGGGGCUACGGGGUCAUCCUGACCUGGUCCUGCCCAUCUGGGGGUUAUGAGACCUUUGAGGUGGAGGUGGGCAGGCAAUGGAUGUCCCGGAAUGGAUCUUUCUGCGAGAAGGGCGUGUCUGUGUCAGAUCUUGGGCCGGCUCAGUCCUACACGGCCACCAUCACGACUGUCUCGAAUGGAUUGAGGGUCCCGUCCAUCUCUGUGACCUGCUACACAGAGAGCACAGGGGUCAUUGUGGGAGCCAUCAUGGGCAUCCUCCUACUUUUCAUCCUGGUGGGCUUGCUGAUUUUCUUCCUGAAGAGGAGGAGAAAGAAGAGCCAGCAGAAGGACGUGCCCAAGGAUCUGGUGUUCAGUUUCCCCGGGGAUAUCCUAGCCAAAGACUUUGCCGACUACGUCAGGGAGAAUGAGAAGGAUAGCAACUAUGGAUUUGCCAAGGAGUAUCAGCAAUUGGCUCUGGAGGGCCAAGGCGCGUCUCAGAUGACAGCAUCCGCUCCAGAGAACACAUCCAAGAACCGCUACAGGAAUGUGCUGCCCUAUGACUGGUCUCGGGUGCCCCUGAAGCCCCUCCUUGAGGAACCGGGCUCCGACUACAUCAAUGCCAGCUUCAUACCGGGUCUCUGGAGCCCCAAGGAAUUUAUUGCAACCCAGGGUCCCCUGCCUCACACCGUGGGUGAUUUCUGGCGUCUGGUGUGGGAACAGCAGAGCCACACCCUGGUCAUGCUGACCAACUGCAUGGAGUCUGGACGGGUGAAGUGUGAGCAUUACUGGCCUCUGGAUGCUCAGCCCUGCACUCACGGGCAGUUGCAGGUGACGGUGGUUAAUGAAGACGUGAAGGAGAACUGGACAGUGAGGGAUCUUCAGCUCUUCCACGUGGGAGAAAAGCAGUCACUCUUUGUGCGCCAAUUCCACUACCUGACCUGGCCAGAUCACGGAGUCCCUUACUCCCCAGAGCCCUUGCUGGCUUUCCAAAAGGUGCUGCGGCAGUGGGUGGACCAGACCAUGGACGGAGGACCUCCCAUUGUGCAUUGCAGUGCUGGCGUGGGCCGGACAGGCACUCUCAUCGCACUGGAUGUCCUGCUCCGACAGCUGGAGUGUGAGGGGCUGGUGGGUCCCUUCAGCUUCGUGAAGAAGAUGAGAGAGAGCCGGCCAUUGAUGGUGCAGACAGAGGCCCAGUAUGUAUUUCUUCACCAGUGCAUCUUGAGAUACCUCCAGAAGUCAGCCCCGGCCCUUAUCCUGAAGGAGGCAACAUAUGAGAAUGUGGCCAGCGUCAUCUACGAGAAUGCAGCAGCCAUCAGAGCCCAUGAGUCUGAGGCCUCGGCUACUGGGUGCUGAGCCUACACCCAGAAAUAGUCAGGCUGGAUAUGGACCCCUGCUGGAGGCCCAGAUACCCGGACCUCCGACAGAACUGAGGGUUGGAGUCUCAGCCUCCCCAGCCCACUGGAAAGCCAUCUCCUGUGAUCCAAGGACAGGAUGACACUGAUGCACUUCAACUAUGAGCCUUGUGGGAGCCGGGAGCCUGAGGACAGGGAAGACAAGGGGGAUUGCCUGUUCUUUGAGUGGAGGUGGCUGUGGCCUGGGUAUACAGGGUCUCAAAGAAACAGGCUGGAACCUGGAUUCGGAAGAAGGAAUCAGGGUCUGGAAUUCUGCUACCUGAGGAACAAGGGCAGGCAGGUACCUGCCCUCCCUACCCCCACUAUUUCAGAAACCACAUCAGCCUCCUUGAAUCGGAGGCUGAAGGGAGUCCCUGUGCUUGUGGUCUCCCUGCAACCCACGCCUGCACAUUCUUUCCGUCCAUAUAAUUUAUUAAACUAUUCUCCCCGAA